ACACCUACUCUUUUAUCUUCUGAAGACCGGUUCAAUCAACUUUCUCAUUCUACAGCCUUGAGUAAUUUGGGGCAUUCUCAGCAUCAUUUAUCCUCACUUCACAAUACUAGUGACGACCAUAUUAAGAGCCGGACUGAUGUUAAUGAAAAAAAUGCUAUCCUUAAUUAUUCUCCUAUUUGGAUCAAUGAGACUACUCCUACUGAUGCUAAUCUGAUUUACGUUGAAGCCGUUGAUGUUACAGAUGCUGAUGCCAGUCGCAAAUCUAGACCUGUUCGAGUUUACGCAGCUCCUUACUGCCUUGUUACUCUGCCUGUUGGUGUCCUUAAAGGCCUAGACAAGCGCAGUUCAGUUAUACUCUCUUUUGAUCCGUCCAAUGUGUUUUGGGAUCGCGAUGCAGCCAUAAUUAAAUGCCCGGACCCUCGUCUACAUCUUUUAAAUUUGGAUUUUUAUGGUCAGCCUGGUGUGCUAGUCGCGCAUGUAUGGGCUGGCUCAGGUCUCCAAUUGUUUGGGAGAAGUGAUGAUGAGAUUGUAUCCGAUCUGCUUAAUUUAUUUGGCGGAAUGUAUCCCAGCGCUUCUCAAGCUGGCAAAAUUUCCCUGCUGGCCGCCUGGGUAACCCGAUGGUCAGAAGAUCCGUUUAGCCUUGGCGCAUACACUGCGGAUGGUCCGGAGUGUGGCGAUGAUGAUCGCCAUGCCUACGCAUCCAGUUUACCCUCUGAGGUAUUUAUAUUGUAA